CAGAGGAGAUCUAGUGAGGAUAUGGAAAAGGAAAAUGCAACAUUGCUGACAGAGUUUGUUCUCACAGGAUUCUCAUACCAGCAGGAGUGGCAAAUCCCCCUGUUCCUGGUGUUCCUGGUCAUAUACCUCAUCACCAUCGUGGGCAACCUUGGUCUUAUUGCUCUCAUCUGGAAUGACUCUCAACUUCACAUCCCCAUGUACUUAUUCCUUGGGAGUUUGGCUUUUGUGGAUACUUCAAUAUCAUCCAUAGUGACCCCCAAGAUGCUGGUCAACACUUUCACCAAGAAUAAGAUGAUAUCCCUCUCUGAAUGCAUGGUCCAAUUUUUUUCCUUUACAGUCAGUGCAACCACGGAAUGUUUUCUCCUGGCAAGUAUGGCUUAUGAUCGCUAUGUGGCCAUAUGCAACCCUUUACUUUAUCCAAUGAUUAUGACUAAUAGACUAUGUAUGCGGCUGUUAAUCUUAUCAUUUGUAGGUGGUGUUCUUCAUGCCUUUAUUCAUAUUGGUUUUUUAUUCAGAUUAACCUUCUGUAAUUAUAACAUAAUACAUCACUUUUACUGUGACAUCAUGCCAUUGUUUAAGAUUUCUUGUACUGACCCUUCUAUUAAUAUUCUGAUAGUUUUCAUUUUCUCUGGUUCAAUUCAGGUGUUUACCAUUCUGAUUGUUCUUAUUUCUUAUACACUGGUUCUCUUUACAAUUUUAAAAAAGAAGUCUCUACAAGGUAUAAGGAAGGCCUUCUCCACCUGUGGAGCCCACCUCUUAUCUGUCUCUUUAUAUUAUGGGCCUCUUCUUUUCAUGUAUGUGCGCCCUGGCUCCACACAAGCAGAUGAUCAAGACAUGAUGGACUCUCUGUUUUACACUGUCAUAAUUCCUUUGUUAAAUCCAAUCAUCUACAGCCUGAGAAAUAAGAAGGUCUUAGAUUCAUUAACAAAAAUGUUAAAGAGAAAUGUUUAG